AUGGCCGACGACCAGCUCAUCCUCCCCAUCAUCGACUCCCACAUCCACCUCUAUCCCGCCUCCGAGGUCGACUCCCUCGCCUGGUGCACCCCAGAGAACCCCCUCAACGGCCAGCGCUCGGUCGACGAGUACCGCGAAGCCACCGCCUCGGCCCCAUCCCUGCUCGGGUUCAUCUUUGUCGAGACGGACCGCAAGAAUGACCUCGAAUCAGGCGCCGCCGACGGCUCCGGCUGGGAAGGUCCCCUGGCUGAGGUCUCUUGGAUCAAGCGCGUCGCUCUGGGUCAGCCGCGCGACGGGGAGGGUCACUCGACCGACGAUGCGAAGCUUUGCCUAGGUAUCGUGCCAUGGGCGCCCCUGCCGAGCGGUGUCGAGGUCAUGGAGCGUUACCUCGAUCGCGUCAAGGAGGAAGCGGGUGAUGCGUGGCCCAAGGUGAAGGGUUUCCGAUACUUGGUACAGGACAAGCCGCACGGCACCAUGCUGGAGGAGAACUUUAUCGAGAGCGUCAAGCUGCUGGGCCGUCGCGGGUUCGUCUUUGAUGUUGGUGUUGACCAGCACCGUCGGGGCAAGAAGCAGCUGGAGGAGCUCGUUGAGUUUGUCGACCGUGUCCACGAUGGUGUCCCAGAGGAGGAAAAGGUUACACUGGUGCUAAACCACCUCUGCAAGCCCGAUUUCACCGUCUACAACAUCACCUCGGACCCGUCCUUCCACGCCUGGCGCACCGCCAUGUACACCCUCAGCAAGGAUCCCCAGACCUACAUCAAGCUCUCGGGCGGCUUCUCCGAGAUGCCCGACUCGCUCAAGAACCAGGACCCCAACCACAUCUUCGAGUCCACCCUCGGCUGGCUGGGCAUCGUCCUCGCCACCUUUGGCCCCAGCCGCAUCAUGUUUGGCAGCGACUGGCCCGUGUGCACCAUCGGCACCGAGGAUGCCUGGCCGCGCUGGCGAAGCGUCGUGGAGCGCAUGUGCUGGAUGGCCACGUUGGGUGAUGAGGAGCGUGCCAUGAUCUUUGGUGGAACGGCCAAGAAGGCCUACAACCUGUGA